AUGGCCCGCCCUCGCAAGGCGGUCGACUGCGGCAGUUCAGCAGCGAAGCAGCAGCCAACAACAAGAAGCCGCUCCUCUCGCUCUGUGAAUGCGGCUGAACAGAGUAAUGCCGGCGAAUCGAGCUCCGCGAUGCCACCAUCUACUACUACUACCAAUGCUAGACCGAAGCGGAAUCCUAGAAGAGCCGCGAAGGAUCCAUGGGAGGAGGAGAAGGUGAUGACCAGUACGAAGUCACCGUUGGUUGAUGCGGAUUUAGUGGGCCUACUUUCCAGCCCCAAAGCUUGGAACUGUCUCGAAGAGAGCGAAAAGCAAGAGAUCAUAAAACUUCUCCCGGAUAGUGUACAUCCUGACCCGCCAACGGAUGAUGCCGAUGCGAAGAUCCCCCCUCCUCCGCAGGAAUUCCUACGCUACUCGAAUAACUGGCGCGAAGGUAUUCGACAAUUCCAAGUGGAGCUCCAGAAUGGGUUUCAUGAUCCGGAAUGGUUGCGCCAGGCGGAACUGGCCAUGGAGGAGAGGGCCGCGGGUGCGUUUGACAGGUUCAAGGAGGAAGAGUUCGAAGAGUUUUGGGGACAGAAACAGAAGAUGGAUAAGACACUGUUGGCAGGACAAAGCUCCCAGGUGAAGUUGAAGACGCUGAUUGACCAUAAUGUUGUUCGCGAGGGUGAUGUCUGGAAGUACUCGCGAUGCUUUUCCAAAGGUGCCGACAGAGUUCUGGUAGAGAAGGAAGCUAGGAUUGUGGGCAUUAAGGGUGCGCGGUUGAGCUUCGUCAUUCCUCCUGGACAGCGUGUAUUUCUUCCAGUUGUCUCGAGCUCGAGCAAGCAGAAUCGAAGCCAUGCAGAUGGCACAAAAGCCGAUGUGGAAGCUGGUGAUCGGCAGCAAGAUAGUGAUGCUGUUCAAACCGACUCUAACGUCCAACUAAACACAAGCGCCACGACAGAGCCUGUCUCUCCCAAGAAGCGCAAAUGUGAAGAUGAACACGGGGACUGCAAACGACAGCGUUCGCAGCCUCCCGAAGCCAAUGACCAGCAGCAAGAUAGCGUUGCUACUGAAACCGGCUCUAACGUCCAAUUGAAUUCUAGCGAACCGACACAGCCGGUCUCCCCGAAGAAGCGCAAAUGUGAAGAUGAACACGGUGAUUGUAAACGACAGCGUUCGCAACCCCCAGAAGCCGAUAACCAAACGGCAUCAUCUAGCGAGGUACCUGAAAAUCAGAUCGAAGCGGCAGCAGAAACCGCCAGCCCUUCAACAACGGCAGAGGCCGUUUCGUCCGCAGAGGUUGCAGAAAUCUCCACAGCAACAAGUGAGAAGCCGGACAGUGCGGGCGAAGUAUCAGACAAACCGUCCGUAUCAGUGCCCGAAGCCCCUCAGGAUUCGACAGGAGAGACGCAGAAGACACCUCCUGCGGACGCUCCCGACGCCAAUAUGGACGAGAUAUUGAUCGAAAAUAUUCAGGGGCUUACUUCACUUGCCUCGAAGAUUAUAGAAGUCGACGGUCGUAUUACUGACAUUCCUAACGGGAAUGCUUGGAAAGAGUUCCGUGCGUAUCGGAAUAAUCAGGAUAUGGGUAGCUUAUGGGAGAUGAGACAGGCUUGGUUCCAACGUGCUGGGAAGUAAAUAGAAUGGCUGGUCCUUCUAUGUACGCGCCCAACAUACUACCAUGCUUUACUUUCUCCCGGUUUGUG